AUGCGCCGGUUGGACCGCGUGGUGGUGGACGAGUGCCAUAUCAUCAUGAAUACCCAGAAGGAUUUCCGGCCGCAGAUGGCGCAGUUAGGCCGGUUGGUACGGGCGCGGUGCCCAAUGGUGUAUUUGACCGCCACGUUACCCCCGCAGAUGGAAGGCGAGUUUAGCCAGCGCAUCCAUUACCCGCGCGACCAGAUAUAUAUAUAUCGCGCACGCACCAGCCGCAGUAACGUGGCGUACCGCGUGUGGCGGCCCGCGGUGGCCAGCCCAUACCAGUGGCAGCAGGAUACCAGUAUCAUUGCAUUCAUCCAGGCGCGCAUCCAGCAGGCGCGGCGGGCCGGUGGCGGGAAGGUAGUGAUAUACGCGAACGCAAUACGGCAGGUGCAGGCCAUGGCAGAGAUAAUCAGGUGCGAGGCAUACCACAGCAGGCAGGUGGACCGCGCAGGGGUGUUGGAGCGGUUCAUGCAGGGCACCAUGGACGUGAUCGUGGCCACCAACGCGUUGGGCAUGGGGGUGGAUAUCCCCGACAUCCAGGCGAUCAUCCACAUUAGCGUGCCGCGGACGUUGUUAGAUUACGCGCAGGAGAGCGGCCGGGCCGGGCGGGACGGGCAGGCCAGCGAGGCCAUCAUCAUCCAGCCAGAGGGGAUGGACGAGGAGGGUAGUGGUCAUGGUAGCGCAGGUGGUCACCAUGCACGCGAGGGGAAGGAGGUAGAGGAUCAGGAUGAGGAUGGGGAUGUGGAGGCACAGCGGGUGCAGAGAUACAUGCACGCGGGAGGGUGCCGGCGGGUGGUUUUAGACGGGUAUUUGGACGGGAUCAUCGACGGAUACGAGCGGCAGCGGUGUGGGGAUGCCGGGCAGGAGGAGCAGGCGUGUGACCGAUGCGAUCCCGGUUGGCGGCAGGCCCAGCAUGCGGCCGGCACCAGCACCAGCACCAGCACCGGCACCAGCAGCACCAGCACAAGCGGUUCGCAGGCAGUUCAGGUUCGGGUUUGGAAGGAUGCACCAGCGCGCAGGCCCGCGCAGGCCACCACGCCGCCAGCAACCCAGCCAGGGUCAGGGUUUGGAGAGGAUAGACAGGGGGUCAGACCAGGAGAUGAUAGCCCCGCGAGCAGUGGAUCGAUCAUCAGCCAGAUUAGAUACGAACCACCAGCACCACCACCAGAGGCAGAGGCAGAGGCAGAGGCAGAGGCAGAGGCAGCCGCCAUGGCCGCCAUGACACCACCAGCCACCGCGGAAGCAUUGGGGUUAGGGAUCAGAUUAGUUCCAGGUAGCAGCAGGGCAGAUGCCGGCCGCCAUGAAGCAGGUGAGGUUGGCCCAAGCAGUUCAGCAGUGGUUAGGGUUCCAGCCACCAGCAGCCAGGCAUCGCAGGCGUCGCAGUGGGCGGCAGGGGAUAUAUAUUUCCAGCAGGAGCACGCGCGGCAGUGGUUAGACGAGGAAUUUAGGGAGCAGGAGGCGCGGCAGUGGCAGGAUCGAUGUUAUAUAUGCGCGAUGGCACAGCGCGAUGACCAGCAUGAUUUAUAUUCAUGCAGGCAUGCCAGCAGCCAGGCGGCAAAGCAGUGGAUGGUGCAGGUACGGCGGCGGAUCCGGUACGCGCGGUACAUUAGAUGUUUCACGUGCGGGAUGCCCCAGACGAUAUGCCAUGGGUGGAAGGGAGCCAGCGGGUGCGAGUUCCGCGGGGUGUUAAUCCCCAUGGUAGCGUCCAUGUUGCAUGGGCCAUGGGGGACGGCAAUGCAGGCAGCGUGGCGGCGGUGGUUACAAGCAGUUAGGGUGGAUAGCCAGGAUGUGGAAGCAGUUAUCAAGUGGUUAGGGCAGCGCAGUAGUACGCGCGGGCACAGCUAGUUAUUUGAGAGUUUUUGUUGGUUGCGCGGGGUGAGCCAGGA